GCGAGCUCCAGUCACUUUGCCGUAUGGGGGUUUAUUUUGCUUUGGGCCACUCCAGCCGCCGCCAUUAGGCGAGCAGGGAUAGAUUACAGGGCGGCGGGAUCGCCUUCGCUCGUCCUUUGACUCCCCCUCUCCUGUUUAGGUGGUAGCGUCCUUCGACUGACUACGUCCUUCGAGCCACCCAGGAAGAAACCAUGUCCUGAGCCGGGGGGAGGGGGGAAGCAGGAGGCCGCAACUAGCCGCAGCUUGCGGUGCGGCGCAGUGCAUGGGUGGGUGGGAUGUGGAUGAGGGGGAUAGGCGGCAGCUGCUGAGGAGACGGUGGCGGGAUCCAAGGACAGCCUUGCAAGGAAAAGCUGUUUCAAAGUGCUGAUGGUCAUUCUUGAUAGUUCCUGCUGAAGUGGAUAAAAUCUGAGACAGCAUGGAGACAAAAUAAACUUCAUUAUAGAAAAAUUUCUUGCUGAAAAAAUUUACUUCAAGGAGUGCAGGAUGACAGAUCGUGGAAUAAAAUGGGCUUGUGAAUAUUGUACAUAUGAAAACUGGCCAUCUGCGAUCAAGUGUACCAUGUGUCGUGCUCAGAGACCUAAUGGAACUAUUAUCACAGAAGAUCCAUUUAAAAGUACUUCAAGUGAUGUUGGUAGAGACUGGGAUCCUGCAGGUAUUGAAGGAGGCAGCAGUCCUUUGAUAUGUCCAGAUUCUAGCGCAAGGCCAAGAGUUAAGUCAUCUUACAAUGUGGAAAGUGCAAAUAAGUGGUCAUGUCACAUGUGUACUUACUUGAACUGGCCUCGUGCAAUAAGGUGUACUCAGUGCUUGUCUCAGCGUAGGACCAGGAGCCCCACAGAAUCUCCUCAGUCUUCAGGAUCUGGUACAAGACCAGCUUCUUUUUCUGUGGAUCCUUGUGAGGAAUACAAUGAUAGAAAUAAAUUGAAUAUAAGGACACAACACUGGACUUGUUCUGUUUGUACAUAUGAGAAUUGGGCUAAGGCCAGAAAGUGUGUUGUCUGUGAUCACCCACGGCCCAACAACAUUGAAGCAAUAGAACUAGCAGAAACAGAACAGGCUUCUUCAAUAAUAAAUGAGCAAGAAAGAAUGCGUUGGAGAGGAAGCUGCAGUAGUGGAAAUAGCCAAAGAAGAUCACCUCCCACCGCUAAACGAGAAUCUGAAGUAAAAAUGGACUUUCAGAGAAUUGAAGUGGCUGGAGCUGUUGGCAGCAAAGAAGAACUUGAAGUGGAUUUCAAAAAACUAAAACAAAUAAAAAACAGAAUGAAGAAGACUGACUGGUUGUUUCUCAAUGCUUGUGUUGGGGUAGUAGAAGGAGAUCUAGCUGCUAUUGAAGCUUAUAAAUCAUCAGGAGGAGAUAUUGCACGGCAACUUACUGCAGAUGAAGUACGCUUGUUAAAUCGGCCUUCUGCUUUUGAUGUGGGAUACACACUAGUUCACCUUGCAAUACGUUUUCAGAGACAAGAUAUGUUAGCAGUUCUGCUUACAGAGGUGUCCCAGCAUGCAGCUAAGUGCAUUCCUGCUAUGGUGUGCCCAGAGCUUACUGAACAAAUCCGGCGUGAAAUUGCUGCAUCUCUUCAUCAACGGAAGGGAGAUUUUGCUUGCUAUUUCCUAACUGACCUUGUUACGUUUACGUUACCUGCUGAUAUUGAAGAUUUGCCGCCAACAGUUCAAGAGAAGCUUUUCGAUGAAGUACUUGAUAGGGAUGUUCAAAAAGAACUAGAAGAAGAAUCUCCCAUUAUAAACUGGUCACUGGAAUUGGGUACACGUUUGGACAGUAGACUUUAUGCACUUUGGAAUCGGACUGCAGGAGAUUGCCUGCUUGAUUCAGUUUUACAAGCUACCUGGGGCAUUUAUGAUAAGGAUUCGGUGCUACGUAAAGCUCUUCAUGACAGUUUACAUGAUUGUUCUCAUUGGUUCUAUACCCGAUGGAAAGAAUGGGAGUCAUGGUAUUCUCAAAGCUUUGGUUUACAUUUUUCACUGCGAGAAGAACAGUGGCAGGAAGACUGGGCAUUUAUACUUUCUCUUGCUAGUCAGCCUGGCGCAAGUUUGGAACAGACACACAUUUUUGUACUUGCACAUAUUCUUAGAAGACCAAUUAUAGUUUAUGGAGUUAAAUAUUAUAAGAGUUUCCGGGGAGAAACUUUAGGAUAUACUCGCUUUCAAGGUGUAUAUUUGCCUUUGUUAUGGGAACAGAGUUUUUGUUGGAAGAGCCCUAUUGCUCUGGGCUACACAAGGGGCCAUUUCUCUGCUUUGGUUGCCAUGGAGAAUGAUGGCUAUGGCAAUCGAGGUGCUGGUGCUAACUUGAACACUGAUGAUGAUGUUACUAUUACUUUUUUACCAUUGGUUGACAGUGAAAGGAAGCUGCUGCACAUUCACUUCCUGUCUGCUCAAGAGAUUGGUAAUGAGGAACAGCAAGAGAAGCUGCUUAGGGAAUGGCUGGACUGUUGUGUGACAGAAGGUGGAGUCCUGGUUGCUAUGCAGAAAAGCUCUCGCCGGCGUAACCAUCCCCUGGUAACGCAGAUGGUGGAGAAAUGGCUUGACCGCUAUAGACAAAUCCGUCCCUGUACAUCCCUUUCAGAUGGAGAGGAAGAUGAAGAUGAUGAUGAUGAAUGAAAAAAAAAGAGAUACCAGCUGCGUAUAGUGUAUGGUGACAACCCCAGCUGUUGGAGCAGUCUAGCAACUUGUUGCAUGGUGACCCAAUUGUAGCUGGGAACAACCUGCGUAGGAUUUUGAGUGGGCAUGGGAAGAAUUCAGAGACUCAUCAGAUGCAAGAAGGAAGUAUAUUGGUUGGACUAAUUUGUAAACAAGACAAAGAAAGCAAAGCCCUAAUUUUAUUACAAGACAGAAAGCAUUUUUCCGGUUGUACAUCUGCCCUUAAUUAUACCACAUGUGGUUGUGUAAGAAGGUUGAAAAUAGGAAAAAAGUGUAACCAGCAUCUUACAAUUAUUGAAGGAAAUUCUUUUAAAUAAGGGCACUUAAAAGCACAUUGUUGAUUAAUAUCUGUUCCUUUUGAGACUUACAGUAAAAUUUGAUUAUUUUGCAUCUCUUUUUAAGCAUUCUGACAUAUUUCCUUGAAAUAACAUUUUAUAUGAAACCUUGCUAAUGCCCAGAUCAGAUCAUCAGAUCAUGUGGCUUUUCUUUCUUUCUUUUUUUGUUGAUGCCAUAUAUCCAGAGUAACUCAUACGUGUUAAAAAUGUAUUGUUCUGUUAAAUUUAAUAUUGUGCCCAUUACAGUAUAAUAAAAUGAAAUUUUAAAGGGAAAACAUAUGGAAGGGAUGAUAAAUUUUGACUAAGUGAACUGUUUUCUGUAAAGACUUCUCUAGUAUCCAUUAUUACUUUGUAUUACAACUUUGAAAUAGUUUCUCCCAUCCCCCCCCCCUUUUUUUCAGGCUACUUAAACUAGUAAAAAAAAAAAAUGCUGUUCCAGUGAACUUUAUGCUAAACAAUUGUGUGGAGUUUGUUAAACUGAACUGCAUUUUGCCCAAACCGGGUCUUGCUGUGAGUUGUACUAUAGAAAUUAAUAUUUUAUCAAGCCUUUCCCCAUGCAGGUUAAAAUUGCCUCCACUGAGGAUCAUUCCUUGGUCAUUAAAAUUGAGUGAGAAAGCACUGUUUUCCUUAAAAGCCUUCAUUCUAAAGUUUGUUGGGAAGUCCUGUGUACUAUUUUUCCUUAAAAUGUAACCUUCAGAAUUCUGUGCAUGUUGACUGAUUGUGGCCACAUCUGAACUUAUACGCUUCCUGAAACUGUCAGUUCAGAAUAUAUUCUCCAGUAAAAAAAAAAAUCUUUUUAUUAUACUUGAUUACCUUAGCUAUGCUGUAUUGAAUGGAUCCAGCCCAAUCCAGAACCUCACUGUAAGAACACUAAAGGUUGAAUAGUUUUGUAUGCAAGAUGUAGAUCCUGAUAAGCACUUUUAAAGGCCAAUGAUGGUAGAAAUGAUGACAUGGAACCUCUUGUAAGAUGGAAUCCUGGUUUAAGAAUCUGAACAGAAACUGUACCUUUUUUUUAAAUGGAUGUAAAAACAUUGGAGCCAUUCUGAAUUAAUUGCUUUUUAAAAUGGUACAUUUCAAGCAAUUGAAAGUUAAAAAUUUCUCAACAUAAUUCUACUGACAAAUAAACAAUGACAUUUUAUCAA